AUGGCAGAGACGAAGCGGCCAGUGGGGCUGCUAUUCGACAUCGGAGGAGUCUGUGUCGUAUCUCCAUUCCAGGCAAUUCUCGACUAUGAAAUUGCCCAGAACAUACCUCCAGGCUGGGUCAACUUCAGCAUCUCGCGAACGUCACCGAACGGGAGCUGGCAUAAGCUCGAACGAGGCGAUAUAGAAAUGAACGAUGAGUUCUUUGCGGGAUUCAAUGCCGACCUACGGGACCCCGAUCUUUGGAGAAAAUUCCACGAACAACUCCAAAAGAAGCAAGGCACAAGUGGUGCAGCUAUCCCGCCUCUACCAUCAGUGGAUGCUGAAUGGCUAUUCUGGGAGAUGAUGCGGAUAUCGCGCACGCCAGACCGUUACAUGUUCCCGGCCCUCAAGAAGCUGAGAGAGUCGGGACAGUUCUUAAUGGGUGCACUAUCGAACACCGUCAUCUUCCCUGAUGGACACGAAUACAAUAACACAACCGACGUGAAAAAGCAAUUCGAUUUCUUCAUCUCGUCAGCACAUACAGGUCUUCGCAAGCCUGACUCGAAGAUCUACCAAGUGGCAUUGCAGGAGAUGGAUAAUUUGGCUAAGCAGCGCGGGCUGCCUGGCACUAACCCCAACGAUAUUGUAUUUUUCGACGAUAUUGGGGAGAACCUGAAGGGGGCAAAGACAGCCGGCAUGCGUACCGUCAAAGUUACACUUGGAAAGACUGAGGAUGCAGUGAGAGAGUUGGAGAAGCUCACUGGGUUACAGUUGUUAGACGAUGCCAAGGCUAGAUUGUGA